AUGGGUUGCAAGGCAGCACUCCAGCUGCGGCUGCUCCUCCACCAGCACAAUAGCUUUCCAUGCCACAGCUAUGGCUACUUACCUUCAUUGAAACGGCGAUGCCUUUCUCACUCUACCCCGGCCUCGCACCCCUCGCUUCUUCACCGAAUCCAUGCCCAUACUCAAUACCCCGUCGAGAUCCCCGACCAGCUCGGUCAUAGUGCCAAGGAGAAGGAGGAAGAUAAAGAAUUCUUCCUCGACCUCCUAAGCACUGCAACCACAAAACGCGAAGCCAAGUCGUACCUGUCCCGGUUCACACCUCCUCAACCACCUUCAAUCAGUGCGCAGCAGAAAGACGAAACCAAAGCCAACGCACAAGCUCCGGACUUGGAGAAAAUAUACUCAGAAGCAUCCAUUACGCCGUCUACUCAAGAAAACCUAUCGACAGUGUAUGAUGUAUCAAAAUCUAAGGAUACAAUCGCGGACAGCUUGCAUGUUGCUUUGGUGAAGAUUAGAUCCCCAGAGUCAUUGGACGACCAGUGUCUUCAUGGCAUUUCUAAGACUCUAUCACAACUAAGCAGGCUUGCCAUGGGCUGCUGUAUUGUACUAGAAGUCAAUAAUCCCGGGAACGAUAUCGACUACCGACAACUUGCAACCGCCCAAGCAAGCCGCGUUGCUGCCAAAAUUGACCAAGUUCAUGGCCUAGGUUCACGGCGACUAGAAUCAGCCGUAUCUCUGGAUGAAUCCACCCAUGAGCUAUCUAUAUUGUCGAGAAAUGCCCUUCUUUCACCACUUUCUCGUGGCCAGAUAGUCGUGGUUGACCCUAUAGGGUACACAGUAGAUACUCCGAAAGCUCUCCCAGUUGCAGCAGAUGAGCUCAUAUUAGCAUUGACAAAAGAGUUAGCUGGUCCAGCAUACAACUCCGGUCUAAAUGAGGUUGACGCCAAAACGACCCAAAAAAUCCCGCAACGGCAACAAGAUAUAUCGGUUGAAAGAUUGAUCAUUCUAGACCCGCUGGGCGGCAUUCCAUCCCUGGGCCGGGGAUUGCAUAAAUCUCAUGUGUUUAUCAACCUUGAACAAGAAUACGAAGAUAUCCAAAAUGAGAUAACCCAAGCAACCACUAACCCACCAAAUUCAGCUCAAGACGGACUCCAGACCGGAUUGAAAGGCCACCUGGCUAACCUAACCUUACUGCAGAAAGCGCUUGCUCUCCUUCCCACCUCCUCCUCAGGUUUCAUUACCACUCCUCAGGAUGCAACAGCCCUAUCUCUAAAUCAGCAUGACGCCUACGGAGCACCGACUGUAGGUACUCGCCAGCGGCGGAAUCCUUUGAUACAUAACCUCCUCACGGAUAAACCGGUUCUUUCGGCAUCGUUGCCAGCCAGACGCCGCGGCGGGGAAAAGGGUGAUCAUGUCUCUAGCAACCAAUCGUCUCAUCCAACAUUUGUGAAGCACGGUAUGCCGCUUAUCAUGAUACCUGACCCACGGGUUAAAUGCUGGACUGCGGCCCACAACGAAGGCUCCCGCAUAAAUCUAGACGAUCCUGCAAUAGAUCUACCACGACUAGUCCAUUUGAUUGAUGACUCAUUUAGCAGAAAACUGGACGUUAACCAUUAUCUGAAUCGUGUGAAGGAUCGGCUAGCAGGCUUGAUUAUUGCCGGUGAAUAUGAAGGAGGUGCGAUUUUAACUUGGGAACUUCCCCCGGGUGUCCCUGACGACGGCAGCCCUGAAAGCAUGUCCCGAAUGGUCCCUUACCUGGAUAAAUUUGCUGUCUUAAAAAGAAGCCAAGGGGCAGGAGGUGUUGCUGAUAUCGUCUUUAACGCCAUGGUACGAACUUGUUUUCCGGAAGGAGUCUGUUGGAGAAGCCGAAAAAACAACCCAGUUAACAAGUGGUACUUUGAGAGAUCGAGAGGGACUUGGAAGCUCCCAGACUCGAAUUGGGCGAUGUUCUGGACCACCGAUAAUGUCCCAGAAAACGAGCAGCUUUUUGAGGAUUAUGAGAGUGUCUGUCGCUCAAUCCAACCGAGCUGGGCAGAUAAUAAAAAAGAAGUGGAUUAA